ACACCUUUUUUUCUGUUGGCAACAGUUAAAAAGGUCAGUUUGACAAAUGACAUUUGUUUUGUUUACGGAUAUAGGUUAUGUAAUUUGUUUAAUAAAUAACCAUGGAAGCAACAGAGCUUGAUUUUGAUAAAAUAUGCCGUAUAUGUUUGGGCGAAGGUGUAAUGAUGUCGAUAUUUAAAGUAAACGUGCACAAAAAAAUGAUGGCAUGUGCUUCUAUUCAGGUAUGGCAACAUGAUGGUUUACCAGCACAAAUAUGCAAUAAAUGUUUAGCUAGAUUGCAUAUAUCAUUUCAGUUCAAAAAGCUAAGUGAAAAAUCUGAUUCCAAACUAAGGCAAUACAUGAACAAACCCAGACAGGAAAAUGUACAAGUAGAAACACAAAAUAAUCAACCUGCAGAAAUUAAAAUGAACGAGAUACAACCCCUACUGCAGAAUCAUCAGAAUGUAGAACAAAUUUUCAUAGAAUGUGGACCUAUAAUUGAAACGGUUCAAGAGGAAAAAUAUGAACAUUUUAUUAAUCAAAAUCAACCACCUUUAUCGCAAAUUAAUUAUAAUAUUCCCACACAAAGUCAUAUGCAAAUUAAUUACAACAUUCCCAAUCAAGUUCAGGUUUAUAAUGGAGCAUAUUCUUUACCAACAAAUCAAGGAAAUAUAAUUCAAAAUCAUCCCAACUCAACACCAAUUCAAAUACACUUACAGUUACCUCAAAUACAGCCCAUAAUGCAACUGGAUCCUCUAGUAACUCAUGAAGAAGAAAAAGAGAGAACAAAAAAAAUAAAAAGUAAAAAGUUACAAGACAACCAGAAACAAUGUCCAACAUGUAAUAAGUGUUUUUCAACAUCCACAAAAUUAUCAAGGCAUAUAAAAACACAUUCAAAAGAUAUGCCAUACAAAUGUAAAAUAUGUAAUAAGGCAUUUUCUCACAGUGGUAACUUUAAGAUUCAUAUGCGGACACAUACAGACGAAAGGCCUUUUAGGUGUUCUGUUUGUGAUAAAGGGUGCAGGCAAGCUCAAGAUUUAGAAAAACAUAUGAGAACUCAUACAGGUGAACGUCCCCAUAAAUGCCAUAUAUGUCCAAAAGCUUUUUCAACGGGUUCAAAUUUGAUAGCCCAUAUUAGAACCCACACAGGUGAAAGGCCAUAUGUGUGUUGUGUUUGCCAAAAAGCCUUUUGCCAGUCCAAUGAGCUGACUAAGCACAUGAGGACACAUACUGGAGAGAAGAGCCAUAUUUGUGAUAUUUGCUAUAAAGGUUUUAAUGGUUCCAGCACCCUGAUAGUACAUAAACGGUCGCACACUGGCGAACGGCCGUACGUGUGCAACAUUUGCAACAAAGGUUUCGCUCAAUCCAGCUGUCUGGGGAUUCACCUGAAACGUCACAAUGGCGAAAAGAAUUUCGUGUGCACGAAAUGCGACAGGGCGUUUAUCACAAACAGCGAUUUGAAAGAGCACACCUUAACGCAUUCGAACGAUAAAACUUUUAAUUGUGCCGUUUGCAGUAAACAGUUUACUAGGCUUUUGGAGUAUGAUAAACACGUUGCCACGCAUUCUGCUGCCGAACAGAUUUCAAAUGUAACCUAAAAUUUUAGUUUUGUUUUGAUGGAGCCGAACAUUAGAAAGUUUAUGUGCCAAAAAACGAAUCAUUGUUUAGAAAAACCGAACUUGUUCUUGGCUAAAAAUAAAAGAUUAUCCAUUAUUCUAAGAAGUAAGCCAUUAAAAAACACUAGAACGUUAAAAAAAUGUGAAAUUAAUCUAAUUUAACAAAAAUUAAAAGUAGUUGUGGAUAUACUGAAUAAAACAUAAUUGAAGUUGAAUUUCAUGAGCCAUAAAAUUCAACUCAAGAAUUUAUAAUAAUAUAUUUGAAUAUAAUAUUACCCAUGGUACAAGAAAACAAGGUAUGUUCUUCAGUAGGACGAAUUUUGGUUCACUUUGAGCACCACCCAGUUGCCGCCAUCUUAGUCCCCCUUUGAGUUGAAAUUAUUUUUUAAAUUUAAAUAUUAUUCUUUUAUGAAAUUCAUCCAAAUUUCUAUCAAAUAAUUCGAUUUUUAGAUUAAAUUGGCGAAUAAUUUUAAGAUCACACGCAAAAAACUAUCUUAGUCACAGUAUUAAC